AUGAAGUUAUCAGUUUUCUCAACCAUCUGCGUCGUUCCAUUUGCUAUUCUCGCACUUAUCAACUCAGCUUCAGCUGAUCAUAUCGGUGGCUGCACAAAAAGUGAUAAUUCAUACGCACCUUACUGGACUAAAGAGUGUUGUCGUAUAGCAGCAGACCAAUACAGUAUCCCAUACGGCUAUAGUGAGAAAUAUGGAGAUUGUCGUAGCUCUAUUACGGCAGAUAACAGAUUGAAUGGCAAGAUGUUCUCCAAGUGUUGUUCUAACAGGGAUUUGGGAUACUACAGCCAAUAG